AUGGGCGACACAACGUGUUUCGUGGCUAAGGCCGGCGACGAAGCUGCUGCCUCCCAGGACGAACGCUAUGGUCCACCCAGCGUCUCGCUUAACUGGCAAAGCGAACGGCGCCCGGUGCCAAUGGCCCGAAGCCGACAGCAGCCCUCGACAGCGCCACGACAGCGUGGCCAAGGAGUAGCCGGUGGUGCGGAUGGUGUAAGCCCGGACCGCUGGUCAAGUUCCAGCUCGGUCACCGUCGAAGUAGUGCAGCGUGGCGCGCCGCGGCCUGCCGAACGUCGCAGUACAAUGACGCCCAGCACCGCCAGGUACGGCAAGCCGCCCUCCACUAGAGACUCUUCUGCUGCAGACACUGCUUCAUCCAUGGAAAUAUCUUCCGCCGUGGCCCUUUCACCCGGUUCACCAGGAAAGCGCGCAGUUAACAUCGACAUCGAGUUCACCAGGCCAACCGCGGCGGGAAGUAGCCGGGGGAUGCUUUUGCGAUCCAUAUCGACGAAUGUGGAGAAGAUAAUCGGACGACUGCUUGCUCCGCCGCGUUCCGAUAGCCGCAGCCAGCUCAUCAGAGGUCCCCCCGGACCUCCUAGAGGCGCAUAUGCCACGCCGUGGCAAGUUCCAAGGGGUUACGUGCCGAUAUGGCGCCCCGAACAACCGGUGUGGGAUCCUUAUGCCAGGGCAUGGAGAGUUCCAAGGGGGCACAAACGAAAUCAUUUCGCGGGCCCAGACGCAGUCGGCGGUGCAUUGCCGACCGCGGGCGCUCACGCUCGCUUUAUGCCGGCUCCUGAGGAGGCCAGGCCGGGUGUCGACGCUACCGUAGAUGAAAGCGGCGGCGCUAUUCCAUCCAUCGACGAAGCGCUGAUGCGCGAAACGAUGGAAGGAGUUCCUGGCAUCCUGGAAGGGAUGAAAGACUCGCUCACGGACGAUGUCAAAGCCCCGCAAACAGCUGCCACCGUGCGAAGGGCUUCUGGUGGAGAAUCCCUGAAGCACGAAACUGCAGAUGGCGUUCCGGGAAUUCUGGACAGAUUUGAAGAUUCACUCGCGGACCACAUGCAAGCCGCGCUAAUAGCUGCCGCCGUGAGAAGGGCUUCCAGUGGAGAAACUAUGGAGUACGAAACUGCAGAGGGCGUCCCUGGCGUUCUGCACAGAAUGGGAGAUUCACUCGCGGACCACAUGCAAGCCGCGCACAUGGUUGCCCCCACUGGUAGCGAUGCGCCCAGGCAAGAUAUCGCAGCUGGUAUUCAGGACGUUCUGGGCAGGACGGAGCAAUCGCCCAGGGAUGAGGUCACGGCCGAGGAUGUGGUAGUUUGGCUUAAAGAGGCCCCCAGCAGAGAAUCCCUCAGCCGAGAAACGGUAGGUGGAGCGCCGCAAGUUCUGGGUAGAAUGGAAGAUUCUCUCGCUGCUCACGUAGCCGAUGUCAAGGCUCUAGCAGGGGAUAAGAAAAAGAAAGCCAAACUCCGGAAAGGUGAGAAAGUCGGGGCAGAAGAUACAGAGAUUACUUCGACUGGCGCUAAAAACAAGAAGAAAAAGAAAGCUCGAAAACAUACCCAGGAGAAAGAUAAAACGGAAAUGGACGAAACGACAGUGAAGUCGGGACGCCGAAAAUCCGGCAUGGGUGAGACGGCGUCUUCGCUUUGUACAAGUACGAAGAAGAAACAGAAGAGAAAAUCUGCUCCGGUGGAAGAAAAAACGGAAAUGGACGAAACGGCAAUGAAAUCAGGCCGCCGUAAAUUCGGCAAGGGUGAGGCGGCUUCUUCGCAUGGUACAAGUACGAAAAAGAAACAUAAGAGGAGAAAAUCUGCCCCGGAGGUAGAAAAAACGGAAAUGCUCGAAACGGAAAUGCGGUCAGAACGCCGAAAAUCAGGUACGGGUGAGGCGGCUUCUCCGCUCGGUACAAUUGCAGAGAAGAAACAAAAGAGGAGGAAAUCUGCUGCGGAGGAAGAUAAAACGGAACAGCAGGAAACGAAGCUAUCAACGAAGCGUAGAAAAUCCGUCGGUACUGCCGAAAAGCAGCCAAGGAAAAUGUCCCUACAGACGGAAGAGGCGCCGAAGAAAGAACGCGAAGAGCAACGCGAUGAUGACGGAACUUCACCUGGCGUCUCUGAAAAAAAGAAAAAGAGGAAAAAGAAGGCGCUGGAGAAAAAAGAUACCGUGAAGGAACCGGAAGCAGCAGUUGUCGAAGCGACGAAUAAAAAACGUCGAGAACCCGAGGUCGGCGUGGUUCGAAAGCAAAUGAAAGGCGAUGAGCUCGAAGCAGUGGCAAAGGACGAGCUUGAGGCUUUACCUCAAUUGCCAGCGGUCGAGGCAAAAGCGAUGGCGCCCCCUAAUGCUGAGGACGAAAAGAUCCCCGACGACGACGUGCCGAAGCGUCUUACUAAAGAAGCGCAGGUUAUUCUGGGCGAGAUGGGAAAGGCGCUCGUGGAAGAGGUCGAAGCAGUGCGACCGCUCGACCUGGAGAAGGAGGCUCCCGGCGACGUUUCCCUCGGUCGUGGAACUGCAGGGGGACUUCCGCGUGCGGCUGACGAUAAAGAGCCGGAAAAAGGGGUGAUUGCGGCUUCCGCCAAGAUGCCCGGUGACAUGCCCCAUGUAGAAAAGCCUGAAGCCACGGCUCCGAAGAAACGUUCUAAGCGCCGCAAGAAGCCCAAAGCCGGAGACGAAAGCCGGCUGGACGAGAGGACGGCGGUCGCUGCCACGGACGUGGCGGAAGACGAUAAGCUCGUGGAGUCUCAUAUUGCGCCAUGGAAGAAGUCUGAAGGUGCGGAAGACAAGGACGCAGGCAAAGUCACUGCCGCUACUGAAAUGUCUCAGCCAGCAGUCAAGAAGGUUGAAGAGACUCACGAGGACCAAGUCAAGGGUCGACGGAAAAUGUCGAAGAAAGAGCCGUCUCACGGCGCGGAGAAAAGCGACAUUGUGGCAAGAUCGCCCGAAAAGAAGCAUAAGAAGGUGUCUAAAAUGGCAACGACGGAGACUGAAAAGAGUACAGUGGACUCGGGCAAAGAAAGUGCAUCGAAGAAAACGAGCAAGAAGGCCGGCGGCAAGAAAAAGAAAAGCAAGAGAAAAGACGAUGCGGAAAAAAGCACCCUCGCAUCUAUGUCCGAGAAACACAGCGUGUCGCACUCUGCAAGCCCAGAGAAGAGCCACAAGAAGAAAGGGAAAAAGAAACACAAGAAGAAGAAAAAGCGUCCUGAGAGAACCGCGAAAAAGACGGAAGUGGAAACGGGCACGAUCGGUCAGAUUGCCCUUGAGCACGAGCAGAAACGCCGAACCUCGGCAGUAGAGCAGAAGGUCGACGAGCACCCAGCCGCUGGUGACAAGACGGCUGAGACGGCCUCGGAGUUGCCGGUGCCCAAGUUCAGCAUAAUGAAGGGCUCUCACGAUUCGAGACGAAAAUCCAAGCAACACGAGUCUGCUCUGAUGGAAAGCGGGGCGAAGUCAGCUGUACCGGACGAAAAACUUCUGCCUGCACUGCCAAGCGCUCAUCCGGCUGCAUUGUCUACGGUAGACAGCGCUGCUACGGGAGAAGGACCCACUGCAAUGCCCAGUUCACAAGACAAGGAAGUCGAGCUGACUGCGCCCCUCGAGGUUGACUUGGACACGGCCACCGCUCAUCAGGCGGCGAAGCUCAAGAAGGUCCUCAGAGCAAAGCAGCGCAAGGAACCUGCGACCGACACCGCCGAGGAGACCACGUUCAAAUGGUCCACGUCGACUAUGCCAAGCCACAUUCGCGAGAUGUUCUUCUCCACGUAUCGCUGGGGCAUUAGCUCUCCUCCGCUUUGCGAACCGACCCGCUCGAUGAAGUGGGGCACCAGCCAGAUGGGUCGUCGAGAGUCAGUUAUUCUGCCAACUCCGUCACUCGUACCAUCACCACCUGAGCCCGGUCGACGCGCCAGCGUUGUGCGCAUUUGUCCGCAGAGCAUCUCCCUCAAGGAGUCUAGGCCUCCCAAGCCGUCCGACCCGAAAAAGAAGAAGAAAAAGAAGAAGAAACCCAAGGGCAAGUCGGUGCUCGCGCCGGCGAGCACAUUGACGAGCGCGCCGGCAACGCCAUUCGUUAUGAGCCCUUCGAGCGGUACGACCGGCGUCACGUCCCUCGGCACCAGCCCAACUGCAUCGUCGGCGGCGACGCUGGCAGCAGCUACCUCGUCAGCCUCGCAAAAGGCCACCAAAAGACACCCCGCAGGCGCCACGGUCGAGCGAUCCGUCCCUGUAACUUCGUCAACCACUCAGGUGACAUCUCUCCCAACGAAGGCCCAUAAGUCCAGCAAAGGAAAGCACAAGCGCAAAAAGCACUCCAAGAAGACUCACGCGAAAGGAGAGAAACCUGACUCGAAGAGUAAAAAGAAACACGGCAAGGAGGACGAAAAGGCAGCGACCGCUGUUCCGGCGACUACAGUUGAGGCGGUGCCGGUAGCGUCGCCCCAGAUUGUGCCGUUUAUAGUCGAGGGGCCCAGUCUUCCCAUGCUGCAGGCAGCGUCUGAGGUUCCUCCCCGACGACCGUCGCGACCGGAAGCCCACAAAAAGGCUAAGACAACGAAGGGCGCCGGCACAAAGCUUACCGAGGGGCUGGUAACAGACGUGUGCCCGAUUGCGCCAGUUGAUGGUGUCGGUAUUGCGACAGAGACGGCGGUUGAGGCAGCGGCAGGGACAGCGGCAGCUGGGACGACCGAGAAACCACCGCACAAGGACAGGAAGAGGAAGAAGUCCAAGGGUAAGAAGAAAGGCAAUGAAGAAGAAAAAACACAAGAAAGGUGA